GCAGUUGAGUCGGUGGUGGCUACAUGUGGAUAUCCGCCGGUUGCGCCGAGAACUUUCGUAUCGCGGAACAGGCGUAAACUAUAUAUAUAUAUAUACACACAUCUCGCGGCGAGAUCGCGGGACUCGUGAAGGAAUCGCGCCGAGAACGAUAUCGAUUUGCCGUCAGCCAUGCAGAUGGAUCCAACGACGUUGCAGCUGAUCCAAUUCCUCGAGAGGACCGUCUCGUCGGAUAAGAACGAGCUCCUGGCAGCGCAGACUUUUCUGCAGCAUGCGGCCGACUCUAAUCUCCAUGAAUUCGUGCAACGACUCAGCGCCGUGCUGGUCACAGUCGGCGCGAGCCCCGUGGCCCGCAUGGCAGCGGGUCUACAGCUCAAGAACCAACUUACCUCCAAGGAUCCCGAGAUGAAGUUCCAGUACCAGCAGCGCUGGCUCACCAUCCCUGCUGAGACCAGGGAUUAUAUCAAGAAAAAUAUUUUAGGAGCGUUAGGAACAGAAAACAAUAGGCCAAGUUCUGCGGCGCAAUGCGUCGCUUACGUUGCUGUUGCCGAAUUGCCUGUGGGACAAUGGAGCGAAUUAAUUCCAUUGUUAGUCAAUAAUGUUGUCAACCCGUCCAGUACCGAAAUGAUGAAAGAGGCCACUUUAGAAACUAUUGGAUAUAUCUGUCAGGAGAUUGAAAGUGAAGUGCUGGUAUCGCAAUCAAAUGAAAUUCUCACUGCUAUCAUUCACGGUAUGAAGGGUUCUAGUACAUCAAAUCAUGUUCGACUAGCAGCGACAAGCGCCUUGUAUAAUUCUCUAGAAUUUACUAAAGGAAAUUUUGAGAAGGAGACAGAACGAAACUUUAUAAUGGAAGUUGUGUGCGAGGCCACUCAGUCUACCAAUACUCAGAUCAGAGUGGCUGCGUUACAAUGUCUUGUGAAAAUUAUGUCAUUGUAUUAUCAAUACAUGGAACCAUAUAUGGCUCCUGCACUGUUUCCUAUUACUUUAGAAGCUAUGAAAUCCGACAUUGAUGAAGUGGCACUUCAGGGAAUAGAAUUUUGGUCGAACGUAUCUGACGAAGAAGUUGACUUAUCGAUGGAAGAAGGAGAGGCAUCGGAAGGAGGUCGUCCGCCGUUAAAAGUCUCGCGACAUUAUGCUAAAGGAGCUUUACAAUAUCUUGUACCGGUAUUGAUGAAAAAAUUAACCAAGCAAGAGGAGUUCGAUGAUGAGGACGAUUGGAAUCCCUCAAAAGCCGCCGGAGUAUGCUUGAUGCUACUUUCCAGUUGCUGCGAGGAAUCCAUCGUUCCAUUCGUUCUUCCCUUCGUCAAGGACAACAUUAAGAGUCCCGACUGGAGGUACAGAGAUGCAGCUCUCAUGGCGUUUGGUUCGAUUCUCGGUGGUUUAGAACCUGCCACAUUGAAACCAUUAGUGGAGCAGGCUAUGCCUACUCUCAUUGAGCUGAUGUACGAUAGCAGUGUGGUCGUUCGGGAUACUGCAGCAUGGACAUUCGGCCGUAUAUGUGAGAUGAUUCCAGAUGCCGCAAUCAAUGAAACCUAUCUGAAACCACUAUUGGAAUCCUUGGUGAACGGAUUGAAAGCCGAACCGCGUGUCGCUGCCAAUGUAUGCUGGGCAUUUACAGGAUUAGCAGAAGCAAGUUACGAAUCUGCUGAAAUGAGCGAAGAUGCCACUCAGCCAGAAACAUAUUGCAUGUCACAGUACUUCGAUUUUAUUAUUCAACGACUCUUGGAAACAACGGAUAGGCCAGAUGGGGCUCAAGCAAAUCUAAGAUCUGCUGCUUAUGAGGCUCUGAUGGAGAUGGUGAAGAAUUCACCGCGCGAUUGUUAUGUAACUGUACAGAAGACUACAAUGGUGAUACUUGAGCGAUUGCAGCAAGUAUUACAAAUGGAGUCGCAUAUACAAAGCCAUUCUGAUCGCGCCCAAUACAAUGAUCUGCAAUCGCUGCUCUGUGCAACUUUGCAGUCCGUAUUACGUAAAGUCACUCCAGAGGAUGCACCACAGAUAUCCGAUGUGAUAAUGACCGCUUUGCUAUCCAUGUUCAAUUCGAAUUCAUGUAAGUCAGGCGGCGUCCAAGAAGAUGCGCUCAUGGCGGUCUCGACUCUAGUUGAAGUAUUGGGUGAAGGCUUUCUAAAAUACAUGGAAGCAUUUAAACCUUACCUUUGUCUUGGUUUGAAAAAUUACGCCGAGUACCAGGUGUGCUGUGCUGCGGUCGGUCUUACUGGUGAUAUCUGUCGCGCACUGAAGAGCAAAAUGUUACCUUACUGCGAUGAAAUCAUGACGCUGUUGCUCGAAAAUCUCAGCAACAAUGCCGUCCAUCGAUCGGUUAAACCGCAGAUCUUCUCGGCUUUUGGCGACAUCGCCAUGAGUAUUGGGCCAGAGUUUAAGAAAUAUUUAGAUGUCGUAUUGCAGACACUAGUACAAGCGUCCCAGGCUAACGUGGAUAGGAGCGAUUAUGAUAUGAUCGAUUAUUUGAAUGAGUUGCGCGAGGGCGUACUCGAAGCUUAUACUGGCAUCGUCCAGGGUCUCCGCGGUGAUGCAAACAAUUGUCCAGAUGUUGCUAUUUCUCUCAUCGAGCCGCACGUGCCGUUUAUUAUACAAUUCAUCACUUCGAUAGCACAGGACCGCGAGCAUUCUGACGGCAAUGUGUCAGCUGCAGUGGGCCUACUGGGUGAUCUCGUAAUGGUGUUUGGAGUCAAAUUGUUGCCCAUGGUGGAAACUGACCCGCUUAACGAGCUAUUGGCUAAGGGUAGGAAGUCGCGAACUCACAAAACUAAACAGCUGGCGACUUGGGCUGCGAAGGAGAUUCGGAAGCUCAAGAAUCUCGCCAACGCUACGUCCAGUUGAAGACGCAGUGCGGCGAAUCGUCGCCGAAAUCGUUGAAGGUGCAUGGUGCAUUUUUUUACAAAUCUACGAGAGACAUCAUUCUCUCGAAUUUUUAUUACGGAAGAAGACGGACAAGACGAUGCAACGCGCGUCACAUCGAUUACAUUCAUCCACGGAUGGAGGCUAAUGCACGACACGU